AUGGCGCUGACUCCUUCAGCCCCACCAGAAACAACGACACUGGAGAUAAAGAAGAACGAAGUAGAGCAGGAGCGAUCAUACCAUAAAGGCGAGGACCCACCUCCUUACCCGGCUUGCAGCGUAUAUCCUUCUCUUAAGCCCUGUAAAGAUAAUGGGGAAGGGGGGUCGGCGGAGGAAUUCGGUAUGACUUCUAGCACAGUUGAUAAGAAGGUCCUUGGGGAGGGAGAGAUGUCUGGAGGAGUUGUGGUGCGACCUGUGGAACGCGACAGCGGGGGCGGGACUCACCUAUUGCCCGAAUCCGCUUGCUACGGCGGUCACCCCCCAAGGGGCGUGGAUGGCCCCGCACUGCCUUGUGGUGGGAGGGGCGCUCCAACGCAGAUAGCCCCGGGGUCCGCUCAGGAGGGGCGUGGUCCCAUAUCGGUCGUUUCAUGGGGCCCGCCUACCCUCACUGAUUGGGCUCGUGUGAGAGAGGACAUACGGGCCGCAGAUCCAGCACGUGUCGCACUCACUCUCCCGGUGGUGGUAAAACCAGAGGGCCCAGCUUGGACUCCUCUGGAUUCCAAAGCGAUCACUCGUCUUUCGGAUUUAGUUAAAAGCAAAGGUCUGCGUUCCCCGGUUACUAUGGCAGCAGUGGAAGCUCUUAUGGCUUCUAGUCUUCUGCCAUAUGAUGUAGUGAACUUUAUGCAUGUUAUUCUUGAACCUGUGCAAUACACCCUGUGGUAUGAUGAAUGGAAUAGAUUACUUCAAGCUGUGGUGGCUGCUGCCACCCGUGACCACCGUCAUCCAGCUAAUGGCCAGGGUAGAGGUGACAGAACUAGUCUCGCACGGCUUCAGAGCCUGGCAGAUGGAAUGGUGGGAUCCCCGGAGGGCCAAGCAGCAUUGCUUAGAGCAGGAGAGCUGGCAGCCGUUACAACUGCAGCCCUUCAAGCCCUGCGAGAAUUGGCUAAGGUUGUGGAACCUGUGCUUCCAUGGGCAGACAUCAAGCAGGGCCCCUUUGAGUCAUUUUCUGACUUUGCGAAUCGCCUAAUUCGUGCAGUGGAGGGAUCUGAUCUCCCAAGUGAGGUCCAAUCCCCAGUCAUAAUAGAUUGUCUUAAACAAAAAUCACUGCCGGAAAUCCAGCAAAUCAUCAGAGCAGCGCCGGGAACUCUAACUACCCCAGGGGAGCUUAUUAAGUAUGUACUAGACCAUCAGAGGGUCACACCAUUAACUAAUGAGGGAUUAGUAGCCACCAUGCAGGGAAUGGCUGCUUCAGCUAAUUCGGCAGUUAAGACUGCGAUGGUGGCAGCCACUCGGGCCGGGGAAGGAAGGGAUAAAGGCCCGUGCUUUAAGUGUGGGCAGCGUGGCCAUUUCAAGGCGCAGUGCCCUAAGAAGAUGGGGCAAGGACUAGAGAAGCGGUGCCAAUUAUGCGGCGGAGCCGGACAUGUUGCACCUUUACUCGAUUCUGGUGCGGAUAUUACCGUCACCUCAGAAGAUGACUGGCCUCGGCAGUGGCCCGCGACUUUUAUGUGGAGAGCGAUUGCGGGUGUGGGGGGCGAUGUGCCCACCAGAAAGGCAGACAGGGUGGUAGAGCUCGCAAUCAUCAACGAUGAUGGUUCUAUGGAGAAAAAU